UUGUCUCCCACUCUCCUUCUCCUGGCGCGCUCUUCCUCUUUCGAUCUCUAACCGUUUUGCUAAAUGUGAGGGUUCCGGACACAAGUAUGGAUCCCUUGGAAGACGAAGAUCUCGGAGGAGACGAAUCUCAGAGGGAAUCCGACCUGAUAUCCACUGACUCUAGCGUAUCUUCUCUAUUUGUCACCGAAGACAGCCGCAGCACCACCAGCUCGACUGACGCCUUUGGCGGCAGCAGCAGCGGGAGCUCCGGCGAGAUUCCGGCUUCUGUGGUUGAAGGUGCAGUGGUGCCGAGGCUGCUACUGUCCUCUACAACCUUCCUUGGCGUUGAGGGAAAUGGUAACGUAGAAAGAGAGGGGUUAAUGGUGCCUCUGACGACGGCGAUGCAGAGGCAGAAGUGCGUGGGAAGGAACAAUAAAGGAGUGACUUGGGGGUUCACUUCCGUCAUUGGGCGACGGCGAGAGAUGGAAGAUGCCGUCUCCGUUAUCCCUGGCUUCCUGUCCAGUUCUUGUGAUCAGAUCGGCGGUUGUACGGCUCCGGGUUCUCGUUGUUCCGGCGAGAUCUCUCCCGUCCAUUUCUUCGGCGUCUACGACGGUCACGGUGGUUCCCAGGUGGCUAAAUUUUGUGCUGAGCGGGUCCAUGAAGUUGUGGCAGAGGAGUGGGGGAGGCUAGGAAGUGGUGAUGAAUGGCGUAGGAGGUGGGAAGUGGCAUUCUCUACUGGGUUUGAGAGGGCUGACAAUGAGGUUGUGGCAGAGUCAAUAGUGCCAGAAAUGGUUGGUUCAACUGCCGUUGUAGUGGCUGUAUCAGGGUGUCAGAUCAUUACAUCCAAUUGCGGUGACUCAAGGGCAGUGCUUUGUCAAGGGACUCAAACAAUUCCUCUAACUGUUGAUCACAAGCCAGACAGAGAAGAUGAACUCUUGAGGAUUGAAGGAAGUGGAGGAAAAGUCAUAAACUGGAAUGGUGCUAGGGUUUUGGGUGUUCUUGCCAUGUCCCGAGCAAUAGGGGAUCGGUAUUUGAGGCCAUGGAUCAUCCCGGUGCCUGAAGUUACUUUCACCACAAGGAGUGAAGAAGAUGAAUGCUUGGUAGUGGCAAGUGAUGGACUUUGGGAUGUGAUGACCAAUGAUGAGGUUGGAGAGGUAGCUCGCCAACUAUUGAGACGCCUACGUAGAUCCACAAUGGCCAAUGGGAGUUCAUCACCACCAGCACAAUUGGUUGCAGACCAUCUAACAGAUGUUGCUUACAGGAGAAGCAGUUCUGACAACAUCUCUGUCAUUGUUGUUGACCUGAAACCAGUAAGAAGGCGGCAACAGAGGCACUAGAAAGAUAGAGAAAUUAAAAACCCAGGGUAGAGGGAU